AUGUCAGGUUAUAACAAUAUUCAAAGUGAAUACAGGCUGCUGCUGGACACAGACAGACUGAGUCAGUGUUGGCUCUCAGGGACUCACUGUGAAGUUGUGGCCUCAGCUCUGAAGUCCAACCCCUCCCAUCUGACAGAGCUGGACAUGAGUGGAAACAACCUGCAGGAUUCAUCAGUGAAGCUUCUGUGUGCUGGACUGGAGAGUCCAAACUGUCGACUGGAGACUCUGAGUCUGUCAGGCUGUCUGAUCACAGAGGAAGGUUGUACUUCUCUGGCCUCAGCUCUGAGCUCCAACCCCUCCCAUCUGAGAGAGCUGGACCUGAGCUACAAUGAUCCAGGAGACUCAGGAAUGAAGCUGCUGUCGGCUGGACUGAAGGAUCCAGGCUGGAGACUGGACACUCUCAGGGCGGAGCCUGCUGGAGUCCGAUGGUUGAGACCAGGUCUGAGGAAGUAUUCCUGUCAACUCACAAUCGACACAAACACAGUGAACACAAACCUCCAACUGUCUGACAACAACAGGAAUCUGUCAGGCACAAUAACAGAGAAACACCCAUCUCCUCCUCCUCCUCCUCCUCCUCCUCCUCCUCCUCCUCUGUCUCUAACAGAGCAGCAGUGUUCAGGUUUCCUGGUUCCUCAGUGUCCCUGUGCUGAGUGUAAAGAGUGUCUCCUGUUAGAGAAACACUCUGACUGUUGA